ACUCCAUGUGGCACUCCAACACCUAAUGAGGACAAUGAAUGCAAAAUGCAACCUAGACAUGGCUAAAUCCUAAUCUAUAUGAUGAAAAUGCUAAUGGAUGAAUGGAUAAAACAAUGCAAAUAUGCAAGAUAUCAAGCUCACACGGUUCUUAGAUAAGACAAUCAGUAAUCGCAUCUCCUCUCUACAUUCCAAAAACAUUGGACAGUGCAGUAGCAUGAUGAUUCACUGGAUGCGAAAGAAUUAGUUUUUUUUCCCUUAAGUUGAUGUUCUCUCUAAAUUUUAAAACUCAUUCAUAUUGUAAACUGUAUUUCUUUUGUUGAUAAAUGAAUUUAACAUUUCAACAAAAAAAAGAGCUAGAUAUGUCUCUAAAUUUUUUAGAUGCCAAAUAUAUUUCAAUUUCAGUUUUAUGUUUAUGUUUAUUUUUGAGGAAAAUAUUAAUUUGAAAUUUAUUUGUUAUAUUUUAUAAUUCAAAUAUAUAUUGUGAAUUUUUUUAAUCAUCAAAUUAUUUAACAUAUAUUUAAAAUUACUUAAUAUGUUUUAACAAAAAGUUAUGGUUUAUAUUUUGUAUGUGAAAUGAAAUAAUAUUUGUAUGAAUAUAUAACAUUCAAAUUUGUAUCAUCAUGCUGAUAGCGUAAAAACACGGUGAUAGCUUUACAAACGCUAACAACAUUAUCACGCCGAUAACAUCAUCAUACCGAUAGCAUCAUCACACUGAUUUCUUGGUCAAGUCAAAUUUAUCGUCAUAUUGAUCACAUCAUCACCGAAAAAUCUUCAUACAUAGUUUAUAUGAACUCGUCAUACAAGCUAAUUCAUGAUGGUUUGUUCAUGACGACUCGUCCGUGAUAGCUCAUCCUCAAUGGCUUGUCCAUGUCGGCUCGUCCAUAAUGUCUCAUGCUAGCCCCAAACAUUACAUCAAUGUAGCCUUUCUGUGCAUGGUAUAGAAACCCGAAAGGAAGCUUGUCCACUAGAAUCCUUCCAUGACAUUUUGUCUAUGACAAUUUGUCUAUGACAGCGCAUCCAUGACAUCUUGUGUAUGACAACUCAUAUAUGAGCAAGAUUGAGCAUCAUGGUAUGCCAAUAAAUACCAUGUAUUGCAUUCAUGACAUGUCGUCUUGAAAUUCACAUGAGCUCAUGGACUCCAAACAUCGCGAAAACCUACAGCUUAUGCAAUAGGCCGAUCACAAUUCAUGCCGAGUUUUUUUCUCCAAAUUUUUCGAUCUUGGUCAACACUUGUUAUAGAUGGGUUUCACAUCCUUGUAAAAGCUCCUCUUGAAUUAACAUCCGCCCAUAUAAAAAUGGUAAUUUGGAAGUUGGAAAAUAAAAUGAAGCUGACAAGGAAAAUGAUGUUGGCAAAAUAGGGAAAUUGAUAUAAAAUGAAAAGACCUUAAAUAAAAAAGAAAAGGCAUGUAUAAGAAAAAGAAGACUGGCAUAAAACUUUUAUUAAUAAAGAGAUUGAAAAACAAUAUCAUCUUCAAAUACUUUAUACUAUUCUCUAAUGAAUAGAAUCAAUGGCUAAAAUAAUUGAUGUGCUAUUCUUACUCACUAGUUUAAUCCAAUGAUUUAUGAAUAGAAGUGUCAAAAUAGGUAAACCAACCCAAACCAAACCAAACCAUAUCCAAAUGAACCAAACCAUUUAUGGAUUAUGGAUAAACCCAACGCAUUAGCUUAAUGGAUUGAGUCAAUCCAUAACUCAUUUCAAUGAAUGGGUUAAUGGUUUUAAUGAGUUAAUCCAUUUUUAUAUAUUAAUAGAAUAUUAAAUAUUAAUUAAAAGUAUAUAAUUAUGUAAAUUUCCAAAUGAUUAUAUCAUUUACACUUUUUAAAAUAUGUUUAUUAUUAUGCAAAUUUAAAAGUAACAAUAAAACUAAUGAAACUAAAAACAUAAAAUAAAAACAAAAUAUUCUCAUCAAAAUAACAUUAUGUCAACAUGUCCAUUGCAUUAUUCUCUGUCUUUAAAAUAGACUUUCAUGUAAGAACACAAAAUAUUAAAAAAAUAACAACAGCCUUCUGAAUCAACAUGUGUUACAUGUAUUUCUGUAUUUCUAAGAUGGAAACCAGUAGCAUAUAAAUGAAGCUAACACAUAUUUCUCAAUGAAAAAAACAAUCACAAGAUCAGUAGCAUCCCACGAAUUCUUGGAUUCAUACACAGAUGCAUCACAAAGAAUAAGUGGAAUGAUAGCAAUUAGAUAUAUAAACAUCAAUCUCUAAUCAAACUAAUGUUCCAUCUGGUCUAGAUAAUAUGUUUCUCUCAAGUCUCAAAUCAUAAGCAUGAGAAGAGGACUAGUCAAUGCAAAUAUGAUUUGAACAUGCUUUAUAACUAUAACAAAAUACAUGUCCAAGAGUAUAGAAUCAUCAAGAGUUUUUACCUAUCUCACAAUGAAGAUCUUGUAUGGAAAACAAACACAAAAGAUAAUGUCGCUUCUCUUCUCCUAGAUGCUUCCGAGACUUCUUUCAUCUGAAACAAAACAGUGGUUUUACUUUUGAGUGUUUGCGUUAGACACAAUAAUAGAUAAGUACAUACAUUAUGUAAAUAUUUUGACUUUUAUAAAUAAGUUUUAAAGCACAUAAAUACUUGGAUCACCACAGCUUUUAUCUAAUAUUGUAUAUAUAAUAUAAAACACAUUAAAAUUGUAUAAACUAAUUUAAUUAUAUUAAUGAUUGGUAAAGCAAAAUUAUCAAAUCAACUGCAUAGCAAUAUUAGUCAAUAUUAUUAUAAACAUUUCACUGUUGUCAACUAUAUUUUUAAUAAAAUAAUUUGUUAAUAUAAAACAUUUUAAAAAUAAUUAUUCGUUAACAAAACACUUAUUAAGUAUAUUUUUUAGUAAAAGUUCUAUAAACAAGAAUAAAAUUCUUACAAAUAUUUUUAUCAUCAAAAGAAUUAUAAAUUAUAUUUACAUAUAAUUAUUAAAAAAAUUCUUAAAAUGAGAAAACCCUAUAUAAAAAUAUGUCUUCUAAAACUAUGUGUCCUAAAUAAUCGUCUGCGUGGCUUGCACUAUGACUGAUCUGCAUGAAAUAAAACUAGAAAAGUUCAACGCCAUCAAGGUUGUGGCCCUUGUGGAAGAAAUGCAAAAUGUACCAAUUCUAUCUCCUUAACUACAUGGAUAUUUCUGUUUUUUUUUUUGAAUGAAUGUUAAAUUUUAUUCAUCAAAAAACCCUUCUUACAUCAAGUGUAGACUUCUAUAUUUUUUAAAGUCUAAAACUCAUUCAAAUAGAAACUUUAAAACUCCUAAACCCUCCUAUAAUAACAAUUUUCUAUGGACCUUUAAACUCUUAUGCUAAACCAAAACUGCAACACAUCUUCCCAACCCUUCACUCUUCUUGUUCUCAUAAUACUCAAUUUGUUUCUUAUCCCCUUCACAACCAUCCUCAUAACAGCGUCAUUAGGCAAAGGCUUUUCCUCAUAGCAUGAAUUGUAGCAUGUAAAAUAUAUACUACAUGGAUAUUUCAACUCGUUGCAUUAUAGUCAUCACACUGUUAUUGUGUGGCGUAAAUAAUGCAGGCCUAAAAAAGGGGCCAUAAGUGUUGAUUUGGAUCUUCUAGAUCAUAUUGAGUUUUUGUUAUGGAAAACCGAUACAACUCUUUCCAGAAAACACUUAUAAGAAGAACAAAAACAUAUAUUUUAAAAGGAAUUCCAUUGAUAUGAAAAAACAAUUUAUCAAAAAAUUUGAAAACAAUUAACUAUAUAAAUAGAAAUAUACAUAAUAUCGUAAUGACGAUAAAAUUUAAAUUAAUUUGAAGAUGCACUCACGAAAACAAUAUUUAUUAAUUGUGUUGUCAAAAAAAAAAAAUUAACAAAUUGUUGAAUCCAAUAUGUUUUACCUAGUCAAACCUUCUAUACAAAAAAAUAUGUUUGGUUAUCUUUUCUUUAUAGAACCUUUUAUUUGCACAUCGCAUUACAAAACUCAAUACAUUUGUUGUUAUUUCUUGAUAGUCAACAAUCAGUACAAUCAUUCCAUAUGUGUGAUUAUCUUUUCUUUAUCGAAAAUUUUAUUUGCAUAUUACAUUACAACCCUCAAUACAGUUGUUGAUAUAUCUUGAUAGUAAACAUUGAAUACAAUAAUUCCAUAUCGUGUCAUUCUAAAAAUAAUGAUUUAAGUUUAUUAUGUGAUCUGUUUGACCCUUGUUAGUACCCUUAUGAUGCUGAUUCUCGGAUAAAAAAUCUGUUAACUCAUAUUGUUGUUCCAAUUAAAAUUCAAUAAUACCAAAACAAAAAUUACAUUUUUUAAAAAAUUUAAGUAUAGUUUAUCUGUAAUCUUAUCUUCUUAAAAAAAUUAUUACCAAUAAUUUUUUAAAAAAUUAAGGUAAUCUUUUAUCUAAUCUAAGUUUUUUUAAUUAGUAAUUGCGUUUUAAAAAUUAUAAUAAAUGUAUGAUCUAAAGCUGAUUAAAAUUAGAUAUUACAUAUAUAAAAAGCUAUUAAUAUAUACAGUGUUUGAGUAAAAUGUGUAGUUUAGUUGAAGAAAAGGUAAUGUUGGAAAUAGAAGAAUGUGGCUAUUUGUUAGUGGCAUCUUAAAUUAAAUCUGGUUUAAGUUGACAUUGUUGAUUGUGCAUGUUUUUGUUAGAUUUUUGCACUGUCAAUGAAGUUAACUUUCUAGAUUAGGGGUGUUACCUUCACAUAUGUCACUUCACCAUAUAUUCUAUAUAUCUAUGCUUCUGGAAUUUGUACGUGAUUUGAGUGCCAUAGAUCAAAAAGAAUGAAAGUAUGCUAGCAAUUAACGUUGAACGGGAUUGAGAUGUUAGUAUAUUGAGGCAAUGAAAGAUUUGAGAAGUAGCCUUUGAGAGGACAUCAUAAGGCAGGAAACAAACUUCAACAGGGAGAUGAAAUUGAUAUAUAAACUAUGAAAUGAGAUGAUAGUAUGAAAUGUGAUGAUAGUAUGAAGGAAGAAGAAGAGUUGUAAUUGAAGAUGGAGGUACCAAGAGUAAGAUGAAAAAGAGAUAAGAUAUGAAUUGGCACAAGACUUACGCAACCAUAAAAGAAGAGGAAGUGUUUGGAUCAGAAAUAAAAUCCUCAAUAUCAUGAUGAUAGAAUUAUGAAAAUCGAAUGGUGGAAAUUGAUAAGGCCGAGAAAGAGUAUUGAACCCAGAAAAAUAGUUAUAACAUCUUCCAUCUGGUGAAAGGUUAAUGUUUUUUAAUUUGUCGUACAUAUUCUUCUUUGAUUGUUGUACAUCCAAUUAAGACAACUUUAACCUGAUAUUGACUAGGGAUGAAACAACAAUGUGGAUAAGUUAUAAGAAGAAGUCAAAUGCUCGAGUUGUAAUGAACUUGAUGGCAUACUUAUACAACAAAACUGAUGGUAAUGAUGAGGAAAUAUUUGAUAGCAGAAGAGAGAAUGACCAAUAAAUUAAUGCAAAGUUAGAUGAUAAUUAAAUGGUGGGAGAUUGAAGUAAUAUACUGAGUAAUAGUGAAGAGAAGAAUUCCUUAAGCAUUCAAAGACAAAUUCUAUUGAGGGGAGAGAGUGUAAUAACCCUCAGUAAAAAUAAGGAUCCAUACAAGCCACGUGUUAUCACUAAGAUAAUUCUUAGAAUUCUUAGAAUUCUUAGGAAAAUAAAUUGGUACAUAUAAAUAUAUAUUAUACUUUUUAUUAAACUAAUUAUCAAAUUGAUUAAUAGUGUACACAAUAAUAUUCUAAAUUAUUUUCUUAAAAAAAAGCUACGGAAUUAACUGAUAUGAGUAACAUAUAUAUGAAAAUUAACGAUUAUGGAUAAAACAUAUUUGAUAUAAAAAAAUUGUAUCCUCUCUCUUUUUUGUUUAAUUUUAUAUUAUUAAAAAAUAAAAAAUCAUAUUAAGCGUAUAAGAAAAAUUUUAGAUUUUUUCUUAUAUGUUAUAUUUUAAAUGUUUAAAACGACUAUAAAUUAUUAAAAAUGGUAAAAGUCCUACAUUGAAAAUUUUGUGAUCAAUGGUUUUAUUUAUUUUUUGUUCAAGCAAGAUACAAAUGAUCAUAAAUCGUACGAAUAUGAAAUCUCAUUAUUAGACAUCGUAUUAUAUAUAUAUAUACUAAUAUCAUUUAAAUUAAAUUAUAUAAUAAAUAAAAAUAUAAAAAUAUGUUAAUUUCAAAAUCAAACACUUCUUACUUUAUACAUUGUUUACAUAUACUAGAAUGUUAAAGUAUUAUAUAUGUAUAUUUUUAUUGGUAUACUCUUAAGUAACUAAACUUCAAAAACGUAGGUUAAUAAAAUAAGUAAUUUAUUUUUGUUCUUCUAGAAUUAGAUGAUUUUUAGACUGAACUGGUGAAUAUAUAUACUAGACAUACAUUUAUAUUUAAGUCUUCACUUAUAUUCUAUAAUGGCUUGAUAUAUUAGAUUUGAACACUAACAUGUGAAUAGAGUUUGCCGGUGAUUUUCUUCAAAAUUUUGAUUCUUAGAUAUGUAUCUGGAGUGGAACUAUUUUUUACAUAUGUCCAUCUUUUUAAAUUAACACUUAUGUAAUUCACCGAAUUCACAUAAGAAGUUAAAAAAAAAUAACUCAUAGCAGUGAAACAGACACGAGAACAAAAGCACAAUUUUAUAGAUGUAGAAAAUGAAAACAGAGUCAAUAGUAAAAAAAUCGAGAGCAGAAAAUAUAAUUAUUUUUCGUCAUUUUACAAUCGAUAUUGCCUAUCUUGUUUUUGUGAUUUGUGUCAGCCGCAAAACUUAAUUUAUUUUUACGCAUAUGAAGUGUUAAAAAUAAUUAAAAUGAUUUGUAAUACGUUAACGCUUCAACAACGAUGCUACAUUUAAGAAGCCACCAUUUGUAUUCGUCAUUUUACAAUCGAUAAAAAAUUGUAGUAUUACAAAAUGUUAAAACUAUUUAAUUAACACACAUUAGUAUAAAAAACUUAUUCCGCGCGCAUGAGCGGAUUAUCGUCUAGUCAUACAGUAAAGAGGAUAAGAAUAAAAUUAAUUUGAGGAUGAUUUCACUAAAGCUUUAUUUGUUAACAAAUUUUUUACUUUGCUAUUUUUCCGUAGUCAAACUUUCUAUACAAAAUUAGGUGUGACUAUCAACUUUUAUUUACACAUCGCAUUACAAAACUCAAUGCAUUUGUUGAUAUCGCUUGACAGUCAACAAAUAAUAAAAUAAUUCCAUAUCGAUGUCAUUCUAACAACAAUGAUCAAAGUUAAUCAUGUCAUCUGUUUGACCGUCGUUAGUUACCCUAAUCAUACUGAUUUGUUAAUCAAUAAUCUGAUUACAUGCUUGACUCAUAUCGAAGUAAAAAAAAACUUCAAACAGUUUAAACUGAUUAUAAUUAAAGUAUAAUCUUAAAUUUUUAAAAUACAAGUACCAAUAAAUAUAAAAUCACAGUAAUAUUAUUUAUAUAUAAAUUUGUUGUAUUAAUAAUUUUUUUACAAGAUAAUAAUAAAUGUAUGAUCUAAAACUGAUUAAUAUAUAUAUAUAUAUGUAUAUAUAUAUAUAUUACCUAUGUACAAAGAUAUUAAUGAAUACAGAAUCAUAAAAUAUUAUAUUUGGUUUAAAUAUAUUAUACUAAUGACUAUUAUUUGACAGAAAUAACGAUUUAAAACUAUCUAAAAAUGAUUAAAAUAUACGAAUAACCUCAAUUCAUUUUUAAAUUAGAAAUAUUAUAUAAGAAAUACUAACGAAGUAGUAGUAGUAGUUUCAUAGCAAGGGUUGGUCGGAGAUAGAUUAUAAAAUUAUCAUUUAUGGAUUUGAUUUCCAUUAGAAAUUAAGUUGUUGGUGUCUGGCGAGACGAAGACACGCCUAUGUUUUAACUUCAUUAAAACAUUCGAAACCAAACUAAUUGUCUUAACUGACUCAAUAAAAACCAGUUACCUUUAGCACAUACAACGGUAAUAUCCCGAUUUCUGGUAUACGUGGGAAAAGACUUAACAAAAUUAGUUUAGCUAUCUAUAUCACCAAAGUACAUUUAUAUUUUCAUUCACACAUCCGUUUAGAAUUCCAAGAUUAAGUGUGUUUGAAUUUGAAAUAGUGAAAAGAUGGGUGAUCUAUCGGAAAAUGAUUCACGAUAUCGUGCGAGUGAGGCUAAAGCGCGGGAAAAGAUCAUGUGGUGAUUGUAAAGUCAGUAUACAAGAUUUUUGAGCCUCUGAAAAUUAACGCACGUUCCGUCGGAAUAAAUAAGGUCCAUGGACCGAGAGCGGGACAUGGAAGGUCCAUUAGCCAUGGACGAUCGGGUGUUAUAAGUGAUAUCAAAACUAAAUAUAAUGACAUUGGUUACAAAACUGAUAAUUAAAUAAUAUACAAUAGAUUGGUCUUAUGUUUUUUUGUUAAAGAACAAUAGAUUGGUUUUAAAUCUGAUUUAUUUUGGUUAUGUAAAUUAUAUAUUAAUUUACUGAUUUGAUAAAAAAAUAUUAUAUAGCAGAAUAUAGAAAUGAAAGAAAAAUUUAUUAAAAAGUCUCUUUCCUAAAUGACAAAAGUUUGACCAUAUAAUUUUUUUUACCAAAGUAAAAAGGUUACUAGUUUUAUUAUAUAAACACCAUCUCCCCUCUUAUGCAACACACAUCUCUUCUGUCUUCUUCUUUUCCUGCUAGCUUCUUCUGAAUAAAAAAGGAGAAAUGAAUGCUUUUGAUGGAACCUACAGAGGUGUGAGGACGUGUUGGGCUGCACCGUCUAGUCCUAGCCCUAGAUCGCUACUAGCAAUGCUGAAUCAAGGCGACAACAAUGAUGUUGUGGAUCAGAUCAACGAGAUCUUCCCUCAAGCUAACCAUCAGCCUGAACAAAGAUCCAGUCUCCGCGAGAGAGUAGCCGCACGAGUUGAAUUCAAUCUUCCACCGCUCGAGACACAGAACAACCGUCCAUUUGCUGCUUUCUUCAGGAACCCGUCGACCACCGUUCCUUCUCCUCUCGUCCUAAUCUCUCCAGGAUUCAGCCCAUCUGCUAUGUUGCAAUUUCCAAACACGUUCAUUGAUCCUUCACACAUGAUCCUUCCGUCUCCAGUCGCCAAUGGCGGGCCUCCAGAGGCGGUUGAAAGUUCUGGUGCCGACCAUGCAACGAUGAUGAUAUCCAACAACGAUCCGAUGCACGUUGCUCUGCCUCCUCAACAAGUCGCUGCUUUUGAAUCUGGUCCAGCCCUUAACGAAACCGACCUCAUCAACAUGGAAAUCGAUAGGAAGAACGAGGACGAAGAGGAAUACAAGGAAGAUGAAGACGAAGAACACAACAUUGUUGAUGAGCUAGAUGCUGAGCCUUCAUCUCCAAAGAGAAGGAAGUUUGGGGAAUCAACCAUGAUUGGAGCGACAAGAUCAUGUAAGAGCCAAAGAGUUAUCCUUCAAAUGGAAACUGAAGAAAACAAUCCUGACGAUGGUUUUCGCUGGAGGAAAUACGGUCAGAAAGUUGUCAAAGGGAACCCAAAUCCAAGAAGCUACUACAAAUGCACAUACACAGCGUGUGAUGUGAAGAAGCAUGUGGAGAGAGGAGCAGAAGAUGUCAAGUUUCUAUUGGUUACAUACGAUGGGAUACACGAGCACGAUCCACCAGCUGCACGUGGUAGCAGUUCUUCCGGUCUAAAGGGCCAGUACAGUUCAUCAGUGUCUCAAGACCAUAACAAUCACCGAACCGUGCCGCCUUCUUCCUCUUCGGCCUCUGAAGCCCUUAGGUUUUUCCCUUCUUCGUUGGACCCACCAGUGGAUAUGACACAGUUCUAUAUGACUGGACUCGCUAAGCUGCCGAGUUUACCGGUUUACCAGAACCAUGGUUUGAUGAACUGGAAUAAUGAACCAGAGAUUGAUCGUGUGAUACCGGACGGUACAGAGGUAUUCAAAGGGAUCAGGGAUCGACUUAAUCUCAACUUUGGUCUCAACCUUUAGAUCGUAAACUUUUGAUGUCACCCCUUCUUUCUGUCCUUACCCGUAUACCGUAGUGAUAUACAAUAAUAAUACAAGAUAUCCAAAAACUUGUACUCAUCAUCAGCUUUAUUAUGAUUUUUAAUACAUUUUACUCUUGGACUUUGACCAAUUUAAUUUCUAUCAGUUAGAGAGGCUUAAUAUUGUUAAUUGGAACCAAUCCUAUCCAAAGUAAAAUAGAACGAAACAAUUUUUUUUUUUUGUUAGCAAAAUUUUUUUUAAUUUUUUGUUUAAUUCUAACUAUAUUUUUAAAACAAACCCAAUCCGAACUAAGCUAAAGAGAGUGAGAGAAAAUUUUCGAUUAUAACUCAAUUGAAAACGAGCCCAGAAUUAAAGUUCUGAUUUCUGUUUUGUAUUUUGUCAUGUAAUUUAACCAAAUCCGUUUUCUAUUUUGCCAUGUAAUUUUUCUUGGUUAUAAUGAGUAUCCUUCAUUCAAAAAUAAAAAAGAACCGACACAUGAAAUACAGUGAAACCUCUAUAAAUUAAUAAUGUUGGGACUACACCAAAACUAUAACUUUUUUAUUAAUUUAUAGAGAUAUUAACCAAAAAUUCAAUUUGGGACUAUAAAAAUAUAUUAUUUUAUAAAAAAAUUUAGUGUAUAUUAAUUUAUAGAGUAUUGAGUUAAAGAGGUUAUAAUGUAUAUGAAUUGAAUCAGAGGUUGAUCCGUUAAACGUCCAGUACCUAUCAGAGCUGUCUGCACGAAUCAUAACUAAAAAAGUAAAAUUAGGUCUUUUGUCAAAACCACAAAUUUAUUUUGUUCAUGUCAAAACUGUAAAAUUAUGUUUUUUUCAACCAAAACUAUCAAAACUACAUUUUCUGCCAAAAUCGGAGAAUUACACCAAAACAGUAAAAAUACGUUUUUCCACAAAACCGUAGAAUUAAGAUUCCCCCUUUUAAAACAUAAAUUAAUGGUUCCACUAAAUCCAUAAAUUUUUCUGUAAAACCGUAAAAUUACGAUUUUCCUCCAAAAAUAAAAUUAUGCUUUUCACCAAAAAUGUAUAAUUAUGUUUUUACACGAAAGCAGUAAAACUAUAUAUUCCCACCAAAAUCGAUUGGAAAAUUACACCAAAACAGUAAAAUAUGUUUUUUUACCAAAACCGUAAAAGUUAUGUUUUUUCCACGAAACCGUAGAAUUAAGAUUUUCCCCUAAAACAUAAAAUUAUGGUUCCACUAAAUCCGUAAUUUUUCCGUAAAACCGUAAAAUUACGAUUUUCCUCCAAAACAAUAAAAUUAUGUUUCUCGCCAAAAUGGUAGAAUUAUAUUUUUCCACGAAAGCAGUAAAACUAUAUUUUCCCACCAAAAUCGAUUGGAAAAUUACACCAAAACAGUAAAAUGUUUUUUUACCAAAACCGUAAAAGUUAUGUUUUUUCCACGAAACCGUAGCAUUAAGAUUUUCCCCUAAAACAUAAAAUUAUGAUUCCACUAAAUCUGUAUUUUUUCCGUAAAACCGUAAAAUUAUGAUUUUCUUCCAAAACAAUAAAAUUAUGUUUCUCGCCAAAAUGGUAGAAUUAUAUUUUUUCACGAAAAUAGUAAAAUUAAUUUACCCACCAAAAUCCAAAACUAGGUCUUAUGCCAAAACCGUAGAAUUCUGUUUUUUCCAUCAAAAUUAUGAAAUUAUAUUUUCCGUCAAACAGUUAAAUUAUGUUUUUCACUAACGUUGUGAAGUUAUAUUUUCAUGUCAAAAGCGUAAAAUUUGAUUUUUCGCCAUAACCAUGAAACUAUGUUUUUCGUCAAAAUUGUAAGAUUAGGUUUUAUGUCAAAAUCAUAAAAUUUAAUUUUUCACCAAAACCGCGGAAUUACAUUUUUUCUACAAAAAUCAUCAAAGUAUGUUUUUGGUAAGCUCAUGGACGCUCAUAAUCAAUUUGGUAUUUAUUCAGUUAGACUAUAUACCAAUAGGUCUUUAGCCUAAUUAGACCAAUAUGUAAUUGGAUGCGACUGUGACCCCUCCAAAAUGAAUUAGACUGGGUUUAUCAUGGACGGUCUGUCCAAUUGACAGCUAUAAAUCGAACCGCUUGUGGGCUUAGUGAUUGAGCGGUUAAAGAGCACAACCCGGGUUGUUUAAUAUAAAAUGGGUAAGGAUAUGACUAACUUUGCGUCCAAACAGGCCUCAUCUUUUAUUCGCGUCAACAGAGCUCAGAAGCAUUGGAGGGAAGAUUCUGGGAUUGAAUUGAUGAAGAUAGAAGGAAUGGAGGAAGUGAGGAGUUCUGUGUUAGCGGAUGAAAUACUGAAGCGUUAGAACCUUUGUUCCGUCGCCUGCGUCUCCGCCCCUUCUCUCACAUCUCUAGAUCUCUUUGUUUGUACAUAACUAUAACUGGUUCUCUUCCUCAACUUGUCAAACUGGAGACCAUCCUCAAAAAGAGCUAUUUCCUGACAGUGACUUGACUUACAGUGCGCUUCAGUCUUUGGGCUCUUGUCACCAACUUACAAGCCUCUCCCUAGUUCAAACAUGUUACAACCCGCAAGAUAAGUGAGACUUGCAAAGAUUUAGAGUCAGUGAGACUCGGUGGGUUCCCAAAACUCAGCGACGUUAAUUAAUUGGUUUCGCAUCGCUCCUGAAAAGGUUUGAAGUAUUAGGACUUGCUUCCACGUGACAGAUUCUUCGAUACAGGCUGGCGCUGGCUACAAGCAAAUAGUUGAGGAAGCUCAAUGUCCAUAACUGUGUGAGCAUGACAGCUGGAGCUCCAAGAUGGCUGAGCAAGCCGUGUCAACUGCAGGUCUUCAUUGGCUCGGAUUGGGACAUACAUUGUUUGUUGGUCGAAGAGAGACGGUCACAGCUAUUAUAUGUCAGAGACCAUGGAUCACCUUGUGUUUUGAUGGGUGUGAGCUUGGAUGCUAUCAUGGCUGGGAAUUCCACACGUCUCCCAAAUUUAAUGUAUUGUAUAAAUUAUAAAUUCGAUUCAGAAAAUGAUCCAAUAGAAUGUGUAAUUUAUUUGAACUUUUUUAAAAAUUGAUUGUAAGCUAAGUUUAGGUGUUGUGCUUAGAGUAUAGUAGAGAGCUCCACAUGGCUCUAACACACAAAGUUUUUAGAAGUAUGUAAAAAACAUAAAAUCUUAAAGUUUUAUAUCUUAGCUAGAUUUUGGUCCGUGCGUUGCUACAGACUUUAUUUGAUACUUUGAGUUAAUAGAAAAAUAUUAAAAGAUCAUUUUAUUGUUGUUUUAAAAUUGUUUUUUGCAUAUGUUAUGUGAAAUUUAUUUUAUAGUUAAGAACUCGUUUUCACACAUAAGUUUCAGUUAAUAUUUGUUAGAGAUAGAAAAAAUAUCCAAAUGUAAAAAUUUAAACCGGAUCCAACCCGAAAUAAUAAUUUUUUUUUGUUGAAAUGUUAAAUUUAUAUAUCAACAAAAGAAAAAAUGUUUACAGCACAAUAGAGUUUGGAAACAUUUGUAGGGCUAGAAUGGUAAACUAGAGAGCAAAGUAAAACUUAUGUUGUUCUUCCCAGCCACUCAAGCAUCAUGCUGCCAUAGAAAGCAACAUUCUUGUGACGCAAGGAGGACACUCUGUUUUGAAUAAUCUUGUCGAUCUUCUUAAUGAGCUCUGGUGCUGUAUUGAAACGAUUGUUGUGUUUGCGUCUGUUCCGUUCACACCAAACACUGUGGAUCACGGCUUGGAAUGAGAGACGAAGAAAACAAGUGACAGUGGCUGUUCGACGCCGAGAGAGGAGCAUUGUGAUGGUGAUGUUCCACCCGAAAUAAUAAUUAUAAUGAAAUAAAAAGGAAUUUGGAAGUUAAAUAAGGCCAAGAAGCAAUGACAACAUUAUACACUUACUUAUGUACUAAUUUAAUAUUUUAUUAAACUUAUUAUCUGAUGUUAAAUAAUUUUCUUGAUUCAUUAUUUAUUAAUGAUAUAUUUUCAUAAAAACAUUUUAAUUAAAAUGAAUUGUAAACUACUACAUAGUAAAAAAAAAAUGUAAUAAGAUAACAAUGAAGCUUGAUUUGUUUUUGACUAAAUAUAUGUACAGUGACAAUAAUUUUAAUUAUUUUUUUAUGAGCAAACAUGAAAAUAUAUAUAUCAAACAUGCGUUUGAUUUUCGUAUAACCAAACACUUAAAUACCAAUCACUACAACAUCCUAAGUUUUGAUUUUUGUUAAUUUAAUAGCUUUAGCAUCAUACUUGUCAUCAAUUUUUGUUUUAAAUGCUAUUAAAUAGGUAUGUUUACUUUUAUUAGGAUUUUUUUAGAAAGAGAAAACAAUUAUAUUUUAUAAAUCUCGUUUUUAUUUACAAUUAAAAAAGAAAAAAUAUCAAAUACUUUUUUAUAUUUUUUUAGGAUUUUAGAAAAUAAUGUAAACUUUUACAAUUAUCUCCUGUUUAGAAUUUCAGAAAUUUUUUAUUGCUAUCAAAUAAUUAUUUCAAGCUACUAUUAAAUAAUUUUAAAAUUAUGAUUUUUAAAGUUCAUAUCAAUACUAUUUUACACUUUGUUUUUUAAUUAAAUAAUUUUUAGUAUCAUGUUCAUCAUAAAAUCUAAUCUAUUAAAACAGAGUCCUAUUUUUUAUCUACCCAAGAAAGUUCAUUUUAAAUUUUGGACUCUUUCAGUUUCCUUACUAGGCUACCUUAUAUAUUGGACCCGUAUAAGUUUGUUAUCAUAAUAACUAUAUACACGCUGUUUAAAUAACAUAACCGGUUCACUUUAACUAGACCAACAUCUAAUAUACUAAGCCCUUCCAAAAUUAAAUGAUAUGUUAAAUAAAUAACAUAACCCGUUGAAUUUAAUUAAACCAAACUCUACCGUACAAAACCAUCCAAACUUACACGAUAUAUUAUUAGAUAUAAUAAAUUUAAUGUCAGAUUAUGAGUUAUUUGGUUCAUCUUUCAACGUACAGAACAUUCUAAUAGGUGAAAAAACUAUUUAAAACAACAUUAUACAUUGCAGACAAGCUACUCUCAUAUAGAGUUUUGAUUAUGGUCACUGUUUUUUUUUUUUUUUUUUUUUUUUUGAUAAUCCAGGUAUCCGGACCUCUCACUUAGUCCGACUAUUCCACCGCGUCCAACCGGAACUGGCGAGAAAGGUCCUGGAGGCCAAACAGAAACCAUGUUAAAUCCGCUGAGGCCGGAGCUAGAACUCGUGAUGGCGAGCACCUCAGCCGAGGUUCCUUUACUACCAUACCACGAGGCCCGGUUAUUAUGGUCAAUGUGUAUAUUACAUAUGUAUAGUUUGAUCUAUUAAAACCAAAAUUUCAAUUAAACACUUCCAGUCAUAUCAAUGGUCUCAUUCAGAUAUUUUUAGAUUAUAAAUCGUAAACUAAAAUACUCUAACCACAUCAAUAGAGAGAUUUUAGCAAAUUUAAACUAACGUGUCUUGCAAACGAAUCCUAUAAAAUAUGAAAACCAGAAUAUGCUAUAGAUAUAUUUCAUUUUUAUUCAGAAUAUCUUCACAAUACAUUAAUCUAACGUGACUUGCAAACAAAAACUGAAUAUCUAAACUACCUUUAACAGCUCCUAAAAAAUAUGAAAAUCGGAAUAUGCUAUAGAUCUCUUUCUUUUUUUUUGAAUUCACAAUAUUUUUAUCAAUACCAUUAAACCUAAUUUUAUAACCAAAUCACUAUAAAACAUCUUCCUUCGCCUCAUAUUUUCUAUAGUCAUGCCUUGAAAGGUCAUAGUCAUGCUCGAUCUACAAAUAGAGUAUAAAGAUCUAUCACAUCAAGAUACCAAACUAAUUUGGAGGUUUGAUAUAACCCUGAUCAUUUAAUAUGAUAGUAUACAGACAAAAACAAUUCUACCUUAAUGACAGUAGAUCGAUUGUGAAGAUGAUAGAGUGAACGAUUUUGAAUUUCUCAUCAGCAAACUGGGGUAGUUUCAACAGAUUUUGUUUGUUGUUAUCGAGAAGACGAUUAAGAGGACGGGAUCACCGACAGAGAAGACCAAAAAAAUAAAGUUGUUAAGUUUUUUUUUUCGACACGUUAAAGUUGUUCACCUUCCCGGAAAAAAUAACUUUGGGCUUUAUUUUGUUUUUCUUGGUUUUCUGUAACUAAUGGACCAAUUUCAUUAGACUAAAAGUUUAAUUCCUUCCAAAUUAAUGGGUCCAUCACGCCUAUCAAUUGAUCAUAUGGCCCAAAGGUGUUUAUAUUCGUUUGAUUAAAUUAAAAAAAAAAGGCAAACAACCAAAUGUUUGCAUAUAUUCAUGACAAGUCUUAACAACAAAACAAAAUUAAAUUAUAUGGAGUUCUCCAAAAAACGUAAAUUGUAAGGAAGAAGUAUAUUAUAAAUAAAAACUCAAAAUGAAAUAAUCUAAUCUCAAAUAAUUUAAAAAUAUUAUUUAAAAACAAAAUACACAAAAAUCUGAAUCACCAGAAUAUUUUUAUCAAAAUAUAAACGUCACUGAAUUAUCCAAUUUUUUUAUCCGAAAACCAAAAACCUGAUAUUUAAUAAUAUAAAAUACCCGAAUUUUAUGAUUUUAAAAUCAAAUUAACAGAAAAAUAGAAUAUUACCGGAACCGAAUAUAAUCUAAAAUUAUCUCGGAUAUUAGCUGAUUCUGAAUUUUGUUACCCAAACUGAAAACCAAAAAA